AUGGCGGGAAGACGCCUGACCUUGCUCAGGCCCUCUCGGAUGAAGAAGGAAGAGCCUGGAGCUGCCCCAUCCCAGCACCCUGAGGAGAUGGAGCAUCCCCUGCAGGAGGAUCCAGGCCGGGACCAAACACAAGAACAGGACCGUGGCCGUCGACGCUUCCGCAGGGCAGCCCAGACCCUUCUGAAAUUCGUGGGCGUUCGGCGUAAAAGGACCUCAACAGCACCAACUGAGGUCGUGGACCAGCCUGAGCCCAGCCCCACUGAGCUCAUGGCACAGCCUCACCCCAGCCUCACCGAGCUGGAGGUGGACCCUGAGGUCACCACCGUGCUGACUGAUGGCACAGGGAACUGUGACACCUCGCUGAUUGUUCACACAACCAAGUCUGACCCUGCUUUGACCGAUGCUACGACAGACACCGACACCCCCUCGCUGGAUCGCGCCGCGAUCUCCGACGUCGCCCUGAGCGACGAACCCACAAACUCUGAACCCACAAACUCUGACCCUGCCCUGCCCCAUCUCACCGACGCCGCAGUGACCGAGGGCAUUGCAGGCACUGACCUCACACCCAGGGAGAAUUAUGUGAAUUAUGCUCCCACUCCAGAUAUUUUUGAGGAGAACGGUGUCUCCAGCCCAGAGCAGGUGCCAGCCUUCGUCAGGAACGUGCACCAGAGGCUGACAGCCAGCGGGACUCUGGAAGAGAAGCUGCUGACGGAUUUCCUGAGGGUGACUGAGGCACACCCUGAUGAUGUGGUGGUGACCCUCCUGCGCUGUGCCCCAGCGUGUGACAGAGCCGCUGCCAUCCUGUGGAGGACCAUCACCUCGUGGGAAAUGACAGUGGAGAAGGUGCUGCCCAAGCUGCUCUGCGUGAUGGAGGACUGGCCACGGCACAGCACGGCCACCUCCGACGGGGACAACACACCUGUCUUUGCCCUGGCUGCGACCAGGGUGAUUUGGGAGAUCCUGCAGAUGCUCCAGAGCCCAGAGCCGUUUUCAGAGCAUUCCCCCCGUCUCCUCGUGGAUCUGCUCUUCCAGAUUUCCAUCAGCACGGAGCAGAUGCCGGGGGAAGUUGACGCCUUGUGGAGGGAAUGCCAGGAGCAACGCAGCCUUCCCCCAAACUCCAAGAGGUUCGCAGUGCUGACCACCAAGGCCCUGCUUUGCCGUCUGGAGUGUGAAGAUGUGGUGGUUUCCAUGGAAAGGAAGCGUGGCUGGGACACGUUCCUCGACUCUGACACCCACCACUACGCAGUGGGGCUGCUGGCCAGGGAGAUGCGCCGUGCCUCCAGCCCCCUGUAUUCCCGGAUUGCCCUCUGCCUGUUGGGGCUGCUCACCAGGGAGAAGCCCCUCUGGGAGCUUCCCGCCGUGGCAUUCCUGGUGGAGGUCCUGGACUGCCCAGACAUGACCGAAUGGAGCGACAGCUUCCUGGAGAUCCUCUCCAGGCGCCUGUGGAGCGAGUGCUCGGAGAUGCGUCGCCUGGUGCUGAGGGGCCUCGUGGUGCUGAGCAAGGAUCCCGUGAUGGCUGACGGCCUGAGGAGCCUCACCCAAAGCCUCCUGGGCGUCCUGUGGGAUCCGGACAGAGAGCUGGUCAGGAUGGCCCUCUCUGUGUUCAUCAACCAAGUCCAGGACAGAGACAUCCAAAUCUCCACCCCCACUGCCCUGCAGCUGGCCGAGGUGCUCCAACCACUUUUUGGCAAUGACCACAUCCCCGUGCAGCUGCUCUCCAUCCAGCUCUUCCAGAAGGUGAUGGAGUUGGGAGUGGAGGAGGGAAAAGAACCCCUGAAGACGCACGUGAUCUGCAGCCUGCUGCCCCUUUUUUUCCACUGGCACCACGAGAACCAGCACGUGGCAGAGGUCUCUCGGGAGGCACUGCUGGGUGCAGCCUGGUUCCUGAAGAGGAGGGACCUCGUGAAGCUGCUGAAGAAGGAGCAGUCCUGGAGGUUCGGCGAGUGCCUGCUGGAAAAGGACAAGAGAAGAGCGGCCAAGUACCUGUGCCAGGCCCUGCCGUACCUGGAGAGCCCCCAGGAGCCCGUGAGAGAGGCGGCCCUCAGGUUCAUUGGGAUGGCCGGGAGGUACCUGAAGGGACAGAAAGUAGAGCUGCAGGUCGUCAUUGAUGUUAUCGAAGGCAUGACUCACGACAGCGCCGCUGUCAAAAGCCUGGCUCUUCAAACCCAGAAAAUCCUCCGAGCUGUCCAGAGCCCUGAGCCUUCUCCAGAUUCCAACAGUUUGAAACUCAGCUCCAGAAUGUGCAGAAUAGGGAGGCUCCUCCGUGGGGCUGGAGGUCAGCGGAGAACUGAUCCAGGGGACCCCGUUUGA